GGAGCACGCGCACCGCGGCUCCGGCGAGAUGCCGGGGGGUGGGAGGAUGGCGGCGGCGGGGCUGCGCGCAUGCGCGGGGCGGGCCGGGCCGCGAGGUGCGGGGUCGCCGUCUCCCAUGUCGGCUCCGUUCGAGGAGCGGAGCGGGGUGGUGCCCUGCGGGACGCCCUGGGGCCGCUGGUAUCAGACCCUGGAGGAGGUGUUCAUCGAGGUGCAGGUGCCGCCGGGCACCCGGGCUAAGGACGUGCGCUGCAGCCUGCAGAGCCGGCACAUCGCCCUCUCCGUGCGGGGCCAGGAGGUGCUGCAGGGUAAACUUUUUGACUCCACAAUAACUGAUGAAGGAACAUGGACGUUAGAAGACAGGAAGCUGAUACGAAUUGUUCUAAUGAAGACAAAUCGAGAUGCUGGAAAUUGUUGGACGUCUCUGUUAGAAGAUGAAUAUGCUGCUGAUCCUUGGGUGCAGGACCAGAUGCAGAGGAAACUUACACUGGAGCGAUUCCAAAGAGAGAACCCUGGAUUUGACUUCAGCGGGGCAGAAAUUUCUGGAAACUACAGCAAAGGAGGACCAGACUUUUCUAGUCUUGAAAAGUAAACUGUUUUUAUAUGUGUUCCUUGAGAGGAAUUGCACAUUACACUCAAAGUCUGGAAUCAUGUAACCGGUGAAGACUUCAGUGAUCUCUUCAACGGAUUGUCAUCGAAGAAUUACUUCAGUGAAGAGAAAGAAGAUCUCUUCCAGUAGAAUGAAGACAAAGUGUUACCAGCUGAUUUAUAAGCUGCGAUAACUUUCUAAUACUAGGGGACAAACUAUAGAGAAAGGUGUACACAAAAAAACUAACAUCUUUAAGCAGAAUGUUGGGUUUGUUUCGGUUUUUUUAGAAACACCAUAGUAAACUAGUCAGUUACAAAUAUUCCACUUGUCUUUAUGCAAAAGCGUCUUAUUCACCAUUGAAGAACAGAAGUUAUAAGCAAGAUACUUAAUAUUUUCUCUUAACUGGUAACAGGAAGGAUAUUAGGAUGGCUACAGUUACAAUUUCCCUCUGUAGCAGCCCUCUGAGAGCUCAUAAAUAUCCUUCUAAAAAAGUGAUUUAAAAAAAGAAACUACUGCAUCUUGCCUCAAAUAAGGUUUUGCAAUCCACUGUGCUGUCAAAUAUAGCACUAAUGAUUAAUGCUUGCUACGAGGUAAACCAUACUAGAAAACUGAAAGGUCAGGUGAAAGUCUGGAUAUAAAUAAUUUUAUGUGUUAAUGUAAUACAGCCUUUCAGUGUACAUAUUUAAGAUUUUGAAAGUAAGAGAAUAUAAUGACUUUUGAAAGGAAUGGGAAGUCCAUAAGUAGGAAAUGGUAUGUUGCAUCUAUUCAUUACCAACAUAUAGCACAAGUUGUUGAUAGUGCAUCUACGAAGCUGUGGAUUUUUGUAGAUACAGUUUUCCAUUUAAUAGCCACAUUUUAAACUUAGCUAUUGCAUGAUAUAAUAUUUUGCAUGUGCUAAUUAUGUAUCAGGAAUUUUCUAUUCCUUGUUAAGGAUGCAGCUGAGAAGCACUCCAACCACAGUAUUAUACAGGAUGAAGCCUGUGUCAAACAGACUAACAGUAAGAAAACAUGAUUGCCAAAUCCUAUUGUAUUCUGAACACUGAAACUACUGCCUAGACUUAAGUCCUAAGCAGAAGUCUCACUGGAGAUAAAUUGCCAUUAGCUGUCCAUCAAACUGCUGAACCUUAUUUCUAAAAUUGUAUCAUUAUUUCAGUUAACAUAUGGCAAGAAUAAAGCAAUAGUUGAGGAAGAAUGCUUUCACUGUAAUUAUAGCCACUGCUUUCUUGUUGUGCAAGCAAGCAGUAAUACUCCUGAAAUAAUCAAUCAAGUGUGCUCUUCCUACCCACGUCAUCUUUACAGAAUGUAAAGUAAGUCCAUACACUGUGCUUGGGUUUUAGAGAAUUUGCCUUACUAUACAAAGGAAAGUAGUGUGGUAUCAAAUGCUGAUUUAUAGCUAUGAAGUUUUGUGUCUUUACCAUGAUCCUAGAAGGUGGAUGGUAUUGUUAAGAAAUGAACGAGACUGCUGCAAAAGUAACUGAAGACAGAGGGAAGACAGAAAACAGUUAAUGUUGCAUCAGAAUGCUGAAGUACUAUCCAGUGAAAGUAUUUUUUGUUACAGCAGUUGGUUUGCACAGGACAGUUUUAUAUGUCUUUUGCUUAUAGCAGAAGUUUAGAAUGGCAUCUGACACUUUGGUGCAUGAAUUUACAUUUACUAUAUGCACUUUCAAAGCUAAACUUUAUUCACAUACUUUUUGCUUUAUGAAGUAGCACGAGAGUUAUCCUACAGCGAAGUCCAACGAUGUGAAGGAAAGAGGACAACUGUGAUGUAUUCGGCAUCACGGCCCUGAAUUAUUUUAAGAGGAAAGGUUUGAACUACUUGGCUAGCUAAUUCUAUCAUCCACUCUAAGUUACAGACCUCCAAUUUUUGAAGAAUCUAGAUGAAAAUAAAAAGAUAUUGAUGCUAUGAGUUUCCUUAAUUAGUAUCUAUUCAGUUCUUAGUCUGUAUUUCAACAAAUGGUGGUCUGUGUUCCAUCUCACAGCAGUCUCACUGGGAUUCAAUCCCUUGCUUCUUAGACAGUAACAACUAUUUGACAGAUGCAUAAAUUGGGGUAUGUGAUAUAGUAUCGAGAGCAACCCACUCGAUAGGAAAUAAUCCUCUGCACUUAUUCAGAGUGCUAACUCUGCUAUGUAAAUGAGUGGAGGACAGUCUGCUGGCAUUUUUGCAUGCAUCUGGUUCAAGAUCAGCUCAGAGUGAUGCCACAGCAUUGAAAUGUAUAGUUAAACUUAUACCUAGUCAAACUGGGAUGCUCAGUUUAGUGCAAAAUCUCAAAUUUUAGGAUUAGAAAUCUGAGUGGCAGAUUUUCUUAAACAAGCAUAAUCCAUGUAUUUACUGCAAUGUAUACAAAUAGGUGAUAUGUACUGUUAGAUAAAUAAUGGAAGAGGGCUGAAGUCAAAUUUGAACAGUCUAAGUUA